AAAACGGUGUCGUCUUUAUAAAUAGCCCAAGAUCGGCCCAAAAAGUAAACUUGGGGAAAAUAUUGACAAUUCUGAAACUUUGUGCCAAGUUUCAAAUAACUGAAAACCGUAAGGGGCUUAAUAAUAAAUAACAAAUACUAAAAGCCACACGAAAAGCCCUAAACCCAUCAGUACCUGAAAAUAUCGAAGACAAAAUCUCCGGCCGGCGUUUUCUCAAUCUCCGGCAUCAAUGGCCAUGCUCUCACACCGUCUCCGACGAGUUCUUGUCGCCGCACCUUCCUAUUUCCAACGAUCCUUCCCUCUAUCUCAUCCCUCCGAUUUCCCUCCCGUGUCAUCUUUAUUACCGAGAUCUGUGGUGAAGCAGUCGACGGAAUUUGGUAAAUCUCCGGCGAGGCUGUUCUCGACGACUCAGUAUCAGUAUGAUCCGUACACUGGAGAAGAUUCGUUCAUGCCUGAUAACGAAGGAUGCGAUUUUAAUCAUUGGUUAAUUACAAUGAAUUUCCCUAAAGAUAAUGUUCCAUCUAGAGAAGAAAUGAUUUCGAUUUUUGAGCAAACUUGUGCUAAAGGACUUGAUAUAAGUUUGGAAGAAGCUAAGAAGAAAAUAUAUGCAAUUUGCACAACAAGUUACCAAGGGUUUCAAGCAACAAUGACUAUAGGAGAAGUAGAAAAAUUUAGAGAUUUGCCUGGGGUUCAAUACAUAAUUCCUGAUUCUUAUGCUGAUGUUGAGAAUAAGGUUUAUGGAGGUGAUAAAUACGAGAAUGGAGUGAUCACACCUGGGCCAAUUCCUGUUCCUACUAAAGAAGGCUUUGAUUCUCUAGAGAAGGAGAGUAAGCCGGAACAAGAGGAAGCUCAAAUAAUUCAAACGCCUUCAGAUGAGGGUAAAAUCUCAGGACAAGUGCAAGAUCAAGGAAGUCAAACGCCUCCAGAUCAGAGGAGUGUCAAGCGAAUGCAAGGAGCUAUUGAUUUAGGACAAGGGCAAGGUCAAAGAAGUCGAAUGUCGAUCCCUGGACAAGGGCAGGGUGAAGGAAGUCGAAUGUCAAUUCCAGGACAAGGGCAUAGUCGAGGUCAAGGAAAUCGAAUGCCUUUUAUGCAAGGGGGUUUCAAGCAGAGCCAGGGAACUCUGUCUAUAGGACAAGGGAAAACUCAAAGAAGUGAAAUGCCUUCAUUCCAAGGAAAUGUUAAACAAGGAGAAGAAAUACCAAUCAAUGGACAAUGGCAAGCUCCACGAAGUCAAAUGCCUUCAUCUCAGGGGAGUUUCGACCAACGCCAAGAAACCCCGACCCUAAGACGAGGACAUGCUCAAGGAAGUCAAAUUCCUUCAUUUCAAAGUGGUAACAACCAAAGUCAAGGAACACCAAUCCCUGGACAAGGGCAAGGAAGUCAAAUACCUUCCAAUCAGGUGGGUUACAACCAAGGUCAAGGAGCUCAGACGCCUCCAUACCAAGGAUUACCAAACAAUUACGGUCAAGGAGCAUUUGUGCAAUACAACCAAGAGCCACCGCAAGGAAACUUUAUCCAAGGGACACAAGAAAAUUACAACCAAAUGGGCCAGAGGAGUUACACUCCACAGAGUGGUGGAAACUAUGGUCCUUCACAAGGAGCAGGAAGUCCAGGAUUUGGACAUGGGCAAGGUCAAGGAGGUCAUUUAUUGUCUCCAUAUCAAGGGAGUUACAACCAAGGCCAGGGAACUCCGCUGACAGGACAAGGUCAAGAAGGUCAAAUACCUUCAUAUCAUAUGGGUAACAGCCAAGGCUUAGGAGCUCCGGUGCCUCCGAACCAAGUAACACCAGGCAAUUAUGGUCAAUGGGCAUUCGUGAACUACAACCAAGGACCGCCACAUGGUAACUUUCUCCAAGGACCCCAACAAAAUUACAAUCAAGGAGGUCAAUGGAAUUACAGUCCACAUAACGGUGGACACUAUGGUCCUGCACAGUUUGGACAGUGGUAUCAUGGACCCCCUCAAGGUCAAGGAAAUCAAUGGCCUCAAUAUCAGCUUAGUUACAAUCAAGGCCAAGGAACUCCAUUUCCUGGACAAUGUUUAUGUCCAGGAUGUGGAAUGCCUUCAUAUCAGGGGAGUUACAAUCAAGGCCAAGGAACUCAUAUCCAUGGACAAUUUCAAGGUCAAGGAUGUGCAAUGCCUUCAUAUCAGGCGAGUUAUAGUCACAGUCAAGGAGUUCCGGUUCCUCUGGUUCCUCCAUACCAUGGAAACUAUAAUCCAGGACCACCUAGCAGUUACGGGCAAGGGACAUCUACAAACAUCAACCAAGGAUUUCCAGUGAACCCAGCAAAUUACAAUAUGCAGAACGGUGGAAACUAUGGUCCUCCACAUGAAUUAGCAGGAAAUCCAGGAUUUAGACAAGGGUUUACUGGACAAGGACAGAAUCAAACAUUUCAACAAGAGGAUCAGAGAAAUGUAGCAGGUGGCUUGAGCAACAAUAAUCCUGCAGACCCAACUGUAACCAGAAAACCAAAUUCUCGAACAUAAGCGAUGACUCAGUUUGCUUGUCUCAAAUCUCAAUGAAAACAGAAGUCUCGCAGCUCUCACUUAUUGUUCUGUAUAUAUGUUAGAUAGAUGAUUGUUUCAGUUUCUACAACAAAAGAAUGAAGAUCAGAUGAGGGUGAUGCAGGAAUUGUGAUACUUGCAGCUUCUAAGGAAAGCAGAUUUCUGUUGUGGUAAUAUACCAUUGAGCCAAA